AUGGUCGAGGUGAACCAAAGCAGGCAGGUUCUGGAGCUGACUCUGGUGGGGCUGACGGACAACCCAGACCUCCAAGCACCCUUGUUUGUCCUCUUCUUCCUCAUUUACUUCUCCACGCUGGUGGGCAACCUGGGCAUGGUUGUCCUCAUCAGGAGCAGCAGGCAACUUCACUCCCCCAUGUACUUUUUCCUCAGCAGUUUAUCCCUCCUGGACGCUUGCUACUCAACGGUGGUGGCGCCCAGGACCUUAAUGGACCUGCUGGUGGAGAAGAAAACCAUCUCUCUAGCUGGCUGUGCCACCCAGGUGUUUCUUUUCAUAGGUCUUGGGAGCACCGAGUGCUUCCUGCUGGCUGCCAUGGCUUACGACCGCUACGUGGCCAUUUGCCACCCCCUGCUCUACCCAGCCAUCAUGUCCCACAGGGUCUGCGUCCUGCUGGUGGCCUGGUCCUACCUGCUUGGCUUGCUGCACUCCGUGGUGCACACGAGCUUCACCUUCAGCUUGGCUUUUUGCUGGCCAGGCAGGGUUGACCACUUCUACUGUGAGAUCAUGCCUGUUCUGGCACUUUCCUGCUCGGACACCUGGGUCAACAGGUGUCUGGUGUUUGCCCUUGCAGGACUGAUUGAGAUGGUGACCAUCUCGGCUGUCCUGGUCUCCUAUUCCUUCAUCCUCUCUACCAUCUCCAAGAUCAGCUCUGCUCAGGGCCGGCACAAAGCCUUCUCCACCUGCACCUCCCACCUGGCUGGAGUCACCAUCUUCCACGGGUCCAUCCUAGCCCUGAACUUCAGACCCAGACCCAGCGACGUCCUGAGCACGGACAAGAUCUUCGCUGUCUUCUAUUCGCUGGUGGUGCCCCUGCUCAACCCCCUGAUCUACAGCCUGAGGAACAGGGAGGUGAAGAAUGCCCUGAGGGACUUCCUCAGGUGGAAGCAGCUUUGGCACAUCUUCACUUGA